CCGGCACUGUUGGUAGUUUGGUACCUGGUAGGGGUAGGUCUAGCUACCGGCCUACUGGUCGCGUACCAGCCUCUCGCUGAUCUCUUGCAGCAGCAGCAGCGGAGCCAGAGGUGGCGCCCAUGGCCACUGUACGGAGCCUUCAUUUACCAUGCGCAUAAGUGGCUAGAUCUCGCCCCCCUACGAUAAUACGAGCUAGACUAGACUAGAACAUUGGCUGCUUCUCCCUUUUAAGAGAGAAUCGUCGACGCCAUUGCUUUGCUUUGCUUGUAGAGUGGGAGUGAGAGGGUUAUUAGGAAGUGAAGGGCACGGCGUCGGCGAUGAGGCGGCGGCUGCGCUUGGGGAGGGUCCUGGACUGCUUCUCCUUGUCCCUGCAGUGCGCGGGCACCUGCGCGUGCAUCCGCGCGCCGGGGGACGAGGACGAGGAGGCGGUGGCCGUAGAGAGGGAGGCGCUGGUGGCGAGCGAUCGCCGGCAGCAGCUGCAGGACCAGGUGCUGCGGCUCAGGGACCUCGUCGACGGGUCCAGGACGCUCGGCUUCCAUCUGCAACCCAAGACGGUGGAGCUGAGGGUGUCCAUGCACUGCAACGGCUGCGCCAGGAAAGUUCAGAAGCACAUCUCCAAGAUGGAAGGCGUGACAUGGUUCGAGGUGGAUCUGGAGAGCAAGAAGGUGGUGGUGAAGGGGGACGUGACGCCGUUCGAGGUGCUGCAGAGCGUCUCCAAGGUCAAGUUCGCGCAGCUCUGGAUCGCCGGCGGGCCGCAACGCAGCUGACCGGCUGCCGUCGCUGCCACUGCAGGCCGCUGCGUUUCCUCACGGCCGUGUGGUUAUCGUAGUUCUGUACUUAUGUGGUGUAAUGGUGUUGCUGCUGCUUGCUGGUAUACUUGACACUGUGUCAACAGGGCAGGGAGUUUGAUAUCUCCUCUCCGAGGGCUGUACAAAUCGCAGUGCGCUGCGCUAUCAAAGCAGUGAAAGGCAAUUAUUUUUAGAAAAA